AUUGUUGACGUGUUAACACAUAGACAAUACAUUCUGUUUUUGGUUCAACUAAAAGGAACCAUUUGUUUUUGUGUUUUCACAAAACUAAAUAAUUUUUUGGGUUUUGCGAUUUAUUUUUUUAAAUUAAAAAUGUUAGAUUUAUUCACGAUAUUCACGAAAGGAGGCAUCGUUUUAUGGUGUUUCCGUGGUACAAAGGAAAUUUUUACACCGCCAGUGAAUGCAUUAAUUCGCAGUGUAAUUUUGCAGGAGCGUACCGGUUCAAAUUCAUUUGAUUACAAAGAUUUAACGGUGCAAUAUAAAUUGGACAACGAAUUUGAGCUCAUUUUCGUGGUUGCCUAUCAAAAAAUACUGCAACUGACCUAUGUGGACAAGUUCUUGAGUGACGUUCACCUGGAAUUUAGAGAUAAAUAUAAAAAUGUUCUGGUUUCACGGCAUGAUCGAAGCUUUCUACAAUAUGAUUUUCUGGACGAUUUCAAUCGCGUUCUGGAAGUAUCAGAAAAAUGGGGUCGUUCACAAGCAAAACUACCCAAAUCAAUGCGUACAUUUGAUGAGUCACAAAAAUCAAAGAAAACGGUUGCAUCGAUGAUCGAACGAAGAGACGGUAAAGAUGUGGCACCGCCGAAAAAGAAUGUCAAAAUUGUCGAAGUGGUCGAAGAGCCCGACCCCAAUGAAUUAACUGAAGAUGUUUUAAUGGAGAAUCGUCGAAAAAUGGCUGAAAAAUUGUCGGGAAAGAAAAAGGCCGAUUCGAAAAAAUCGCCAAAAACUCCAAAAACGCCAACCGAAAAGGCAAAACCGGGUAAACAAGCUCGUGUUUGGGAGUUUGGCGGUUCGUCAAAGGAUGCCGUCGUAUUAGAUCGUUCAAAGGAUAAGCCAGAAGAUAUGAGAAGUGAUUUUACGUCGAACAAUGAAAUGAUUGGCUCGAUGAAAGGUGGUAUUCAAGAUUUGGAGGUGGAAAGUGACGAUGAGUUCGAAGAAAAUGACUCCGAAGAAGAAAAUGAUAACAAGAAUAAACUCGCGACCAAAUCGAAAUCCACGGGUAAAAAUAGUGUGUUUUCAAUGUUCUCGAAAUUUGUUGGUGCCAAGAAUUUGACACGGGAAGACAUGGUAACUGUAUUGGAUAAACUACGUGAUCAUUUGAUUUCGAAGAAUGUAGCAAAUUAUAUUGCAAACGAACUAUGCGAUUCGGUUGCCGUUAAAUUGGAAGGAAAAGUAUUGGGCACAUUUGAUACUAUUGCAUCGACUGUACGAAAUGCAUUAACCGAAGCAUUGGUACAAAUCUUGUCGCCAAAACGUCGUAUUGACAUUUUGCGUGAUUGUUUGGAAGCGAAGAAAAACCAACGGCCAUAUGUCAUAACAUUUUGUGGUGUAAAUGGCGUUGGUAAAUCUACAAAUCUGGCGAAAAUCUGUUUCUGGUUGAUUGAGAACAAUUUUAAUGUAUUGAUUGCUGCUUGUGACACGUUCCGUGCCGGUGCUGUUGAACAGUUGCGUACACAUAUGCGUCAUUUGAACGCUUUACAUCCCCCCGCAAAACACGGAGGCCGUGAAAUGGUUCAACUUUAUGAAAAAGGUUAUGGCAAAGAUGCAGCUGGCAUUGCAAUGGAGGCCAUUCGAUUUGCACAUGAUUCUUGCAUCGAUGUCGUUCUAGUCGACACUGCUGGCAGAAUGCAAGACAACGAACCACUCAUGCGUGCUCUGACCAAAUUGAUAUCCGUAAAUGAACCGGAUUUAGUGUUAUUCGUCGGCGAGGCAUUGGUUGGAAAUGAAGCAGUUGAUCAAUUGACGAAAUUCAAUCAAGCCUUGGCUGAUCACUCCAAUGUAGCUGAUCCUCAUUUAAUCGAUGGCAUUGUUCUAACCAAAUUCGAUACAAUUGAUGACAAGGUUGGAGCAUCCAUUUCAAUGACAUACAUCACAGGUCAACCAAUUGUCUUUGUUGGAACUGGUCAAACGUACACCGAUUUAAAAGCAUUGAAUGCAAAGGCUGUCGUACAUGCUCUAAUGAAAUAGAUUCUAUGUCACCAUCAACCGCAUUCUAUUCAUCAUUUUCCGACAAUGACACAUCCAACGAUAAACAUUACCGCUAUUUUUUACCUUCCAUUUCAAUUGUUACAAUUUUGAUUUGAAAGUCAAUUUUUUUUGUUAUUCAAAUAAAAGGACGCCAUUUUUUGGGCAUGGACAUAAAAA